AGUUCAACCAAGAGUAAGACGGAAGUAAGACUUGAUAAACAAUAUAUACGGCCAGACAGUACACAGUACAGGCUGGGCCAGCGCCACACAAUUGUAUACGAAUAGGACUAAGUGAGACUCUGCAGUAUCACCGUCAUACAACUUUAGGAAAUAGUGUUGAACUUGAUUAUUCUAAUGUUUCAGGCCAACAGUAAGUUAUAUGAUUGUUUGUGGAGCUUGGGAAUCUUAAUCAGCCAUUGCUGCUGUGACGGGUGAGCACGACAGAGGAUCCUUGAGGGGUCAUUGGUGUUGACUGCUGGGAGAUGGCGGUGAUACAGAACGGCACCAUGGAGCUAACCGAACAGGACAUACACAGCAUGCAGCACAACCUGGCCCUUGGUACGCUCUUGACCCGCUUUUAUGGCCGCAAGAGACCCGAGCGUAAAUCUUUUGAGGUCAAUAUGGAGACCAGGCAGGUUGUAUGGAGGAGGCAGGGAGGACGAACUGAAGGAGCAAUCAACAUCAGAGAAAUCAAAGAAAUCAGACCGGGCAAGGUUUCAAAAGACUUUGAGAAGUGGCCUGAGGAGCAUCGUAGGCACCCAAACAACAUCUGCUUUGUGGUCUUCUAUGGUACAGAGUUCAGGCUAAAGACGCUUUCUGUAGCUGCUGUGAAUGCAGAUGAGUAUCACCUUUGGAUAACUGGACUCAAAUGGCUAGCAGAAAACACAGAAAAGGCUAGUUACCCAUUACAAGUCAGGAGGUGGCUACGAAGGGAAUUCUAUGCCAUGGGAAAGAACAAAACAGACACAGUUUCAUUGAGAGACAUGAAGUCAUUUCUUCCAAGAAUUAACCUGAAGAUGAACACUAGAGAACUUAGAGAAAACUUCAACGAGGCAGACCGAUGGGGUCGGCAAGAGAUACCAUUUGAUGGCCUUCUUCAGCUUUAUAACAACCUGGUUUUCCAACAAGAGGUGGCAGACAGGUUACGUGAAUACUACAAUGACAUGAAUAGAGUAACUUUGAAUGAUUACAUCAGGUUUUUAGCCCAAGAACAGAAGGACCCUGUAGCCAACAAUCCACAUGAAGUUAAACAGUACAUCAAGAAGUAUUUUGCUGAUUCUGGGAAACCCCCAGUGGAAAGCGAUAGUGACCUCUCUUUCACGGUGCAAGAAUUUGUAGAUUACCUUUACUCCAAAGACAAUGAGAUAUGGAAUCGUUUCUAUGACAACAUCACAGAUGACAUGGAUAGACCACUAUGUGAUUAUUGGAUUGCCUCUUCUCACAACACAUACCUUACUGGAGAUCAAGUAUCCAGUGAAUCGUCAGUGGAAGCCUAUGCUAGGUGCCUGCGGAUGGGAUGUAGAUGCCUUGAAUUGGACUGUUGGGAUGGACCAGACGGGUUACCGAUCAUCUACCAUGGUCACACCUUGACAACAAAGAUCAGAUUUUAUGAUGUCCUCAAGACGAUAAAGGAACAUGCAUGGAUCACUACAGACUUUCCGAUAAUCUUAUCGAUAGAGAAUCAUUGCUCUCUGCUACAGCAGAGGAACAUGGCUUGUCUCUUCCAAGAAGUCUUUGGAGAGAACUUGCUAACACAGCCAAUAGAUAGGGAUGCCAAUAGUCUUCCUGCCGUCAGCAAGCUGAAGAGGAAGAUCAUUCUUAAGCACAAGAAGCUCCCCGAUAAUGGAAACGAGACCUUCACUGUGCCCCAAGAAGACAGUCUAGAUUUUGACUUGAGAAAUUCAACCAAAAAUGGCAUUCUACUUCUCGAGGAUCCAUUAGAUCAAGAAUGGGCUCCUCAUUACUUUGUUCUGACUGACACCAAGCUGUACUACUCAGAAGAGACCAACACCCAGGCCAGUCAGGAUGAUGAUGAUGAUGCUAGCUCCAUUGAACCGGCCACGCCCAAUGAAGAGCUUCACUACUCCGAACCCUGGUUUCACGGAAAACUAAACACGAACCCAGACCAGCAGCCCCGCACUGUUGCUGAUGAGCUUCUUACACGAUAUCAGCAAGGCGAUGGAACAUUCCUUGUCCGUGAAAGUGAAACCUUCAAAGGAGACUAUUCCCUUUCAUUCUGGGCACAUAACCAGGUCAAUCACUGCCGAAUCCGUUCCAAGUCCAUCCACGGCAAAACUUGCUAUUAUCUGGUCGAAAACCUUCCGUUCCCGAACCUCUAUACUCUCGUCAACUUCUACCGUGAACGCUCGAUCAAGGGCGGAAACGGCAUCACGGUGAAGUUAAAGGAUACAGUCCCACAGCUGUAUGGCCACGAGAAAGCCGAAUGGUUCCACAGUCGAUUGAGCAGACAUGAGGCGGAGGACAUGCUAAAGAGGGUUCGUCAGGAUGGUGCGUUUCUCGUCAGAAAGAGCGAGCGAGAGAGUGACGCUUUCGCCAUCUCGUUCAGAGCGGACGGGAAGAUCAAGCAUUGUCGUAUCAAGCAAGAGGGUAGGCUCUUCACGAUUGGAAGCGCCCAAUUUGAGAGCCUUGCGGAGCUAUGCAGCUAUUAUCACAAGUACCCCCUCUAUAGGAAGAUGAAGUUAAAGUCUCCUGUCAACCAAGAAGUGGUCGAUAGAGUAGGAGGGGAUUUAGAUCCAGAAGAUGAUCCUAUCUAUGGAACAGGGGGAAUCUACAUGGAUCCAAACCAAUUUGUACCAAAGGUCACUGUAAAAGCAUUAUAUGAUUACAAGGCACAGAGAGAGGAUGAAUUAUCAUUCUGCAAACAUGCCAUUAUCACCAAUGUUGAUAAACAAGACCAUGGAUGGUGGAAAGGGGACUAUGGUGGUAAGAAAAAUAUGUGGUUUCCUUCUAAUUAUGUUGAAGAGGUGACGACCCCUGCUACCAAUGACCAGGGACAGAAUGCAACACUCCUAGGUAACCUUCAGAAGGGUGCUAUUGACAUCAAUGGAUGCAGUGUGGAAAUGAUGCUAGGCGUGAGGACAAGACAGCAUUUUGUGUUCAGAAUAAUCUCGCCGACGCAGCGUAACGCGAUGGACGUAGCUGCCACCGACCUAACAGAGCUUGAGGACUGGAUGAAAUGCAUACAGGAAGCUUCAGUCAAAGCCACUGUUAUGACAAAGAGUAUCCAGAAUCAUGAACGUAGACUGCGUAUCGCGAGGGAAUUCUCCAGGCUCAUCGUCUACUGCAGAUCUGUUCCAUUCUCAGAAGACAACAUUCCAGGCAAAUACUUUGAGAUGUCGUCCUUCCCUGAAACCAAAGUAGAGCGUUACAUGGUUCCUGGCAAGUCAAAGCUCCUUGUGGAUUACAACAGGAAACAGGUCAGCAGGACCUAUCCUAAAGGUCAACGUAUCGAUUCGUCCAACUACGACCCCAUCCCAAUCUGGUUCUGCGGUUGUCAGAUGGUCUCUCUUAACUACCAGACUCCAGAUCGUCAUAUGCAGGUGAAUGAGGGCAUGUUUGCACUCAAUGGGAGAUGUGGAUACGUACUGAAACCAGAGUGCAUGUUUGAUAAGAACUUUGAUUCUUUCGACAAGAGAACAUUAUCAAACGUUGAUCCCAUCCAUCUAACCAUUACAAUCAUAGCAGCCCGUCAUUUGCAGAAGACCGGCCGUGGUAUAGCCAGUCCAUUUGUCGAAGUAGAAGUACUUGGUUCUGACUAUGACAGUGGGAACAAAUACAAGACAAGCACAAAAGCUGAUAAUGGUUUUAACCCAGUCUUCAAUGAAGUGUGUGAGUUCGACGUAUCCAACCCAGAUCUAGCCAUGCUAAGGUUUGUCAUCCAGGAUGAAGAUGUCUUCGGUGAACCUAACUUCCUUGGCCAGGCUACCUACCCUCUCAAGGCUAUCAGAACAGGAUAUCGAUCUGUCCAGCUGAAGAACGGGUACUCUGAAGAGCUGGAACUAGCUACACUCUUGGUCCAUGUUGAUAGGAGAGUCAUAGGGGAAUGUGACGACAGCGACCUUUACGCGUCCAUUCAGAUGUUGAGGGAGAGGACGCAAGAGCUGACUGCUGUGGUCAAUACCAUGGACAGACCAGACAUCGACAAUGGUGCUGGGGGCGGAGAGUCGGACGCAUUCCGUUUGAAGACGGCAGAGCUGAAUAACUGCCAGGAGGCACUCUUCAAUCUCCAAGAACAGAGAAAGCAACGGGUGGAAAAGAGAAAACUUAGAAAAACAGCAAGCAACAGUCAGAGCCGACUUCCCAGACCUUAAAGAGAAAUCUAAAAAAUCAACAGUAAACUGAUCAUUGAUUAUGAUCCCAUACCAGAAAGUGUUAAAGAGUUCUUAUCUUCAACUGGAAAGUGAAGAAGUUCUUGUGGAAUGCUCUUAUGGCACUGUACUUAUGAACAUCUACCAAGGGAGAUCACAGGAUUGACAAGAUAUGGUCAUUGGAGGAAUGGAAGCUGCGAGUCUUGGUUCAGUUUGCAUUCACUUUGAUUACAGAUUAUCAGAUGAAUGUCAUCUUUACAUUCUGUGAUGAUUGUAUAGUAUCAAUUGACCAUCAUCUUUACAUUCAUGUGAUGAUUGCAGAUUAUUAAGUGACUCAUCUGUACAUUCAUGCGAUGAGUGCAGAUAUCAAUCGACUGUCGUCCAUACAAUCAGUUGAUGAUUGCAGAUUAUUGAAUGACUGUCAUCUGUACAUUUACAUGGUCAGGAUUGCAUAUUAUCAAAUGGCUUGUCUGUACAUUCAUGUGAUGAUUGCUUAGUGUCAGUCGACUGUCAUCUAUGAAUUCAUGAGUUGAAUGCAGGUUCUCAGAUGAAUGUCAGCUAUACAAUCAUGUGAUGAUGAUGAUUGCAGAGUAUCAAUCAACUGUCAUCUAUAAAAUCAGGUGAUGAUUGCAGAUUAUUUAAUGAUUGUCACCUAUACAUUUACAUGGUAAUGAUUGCAGAUUAUCAGAGGAAUUUCAUUUAUACAAUCAUGUGAUGAUGAUUGCAUAGGAUAAUAUUUUGUCUUGUGGACAGAAUUUAAGUGACUAAAUAUGACCUUUUCUGGAGUGUUAUCAUGGAAAUGCAGAGUAUAAUCUCUAAUAUGCUUUUAAUCCGUUGAAGAUUUGUUUUAUUUUCAUACUAUAUAUGCCCAUUGUGGAUGGGAUUGGGAUUUUUUUUAUUGUGAUAGCCACAUGUUGAAUGUAGAUGAUGCAUGUGGGAUAUUUUGGUUUGUGUACAAAAAAACUGUACAACAACUUGUUGAGUUCAUGUAAAGUCAAGUGGUAUUUACCUAAACAGAUCAUGUCUCUAUUAACUUAACUUGUAGUCUUGUUGAAAGAAUUUAAGUUUUCUAUCCUCUUUAUUGCUUUCUAUUGAUGUAAAAGUCUACCUGAAUGAUCUGUUAAUGUGUAUUGAUCUAUUAGGUUGUAGUCACAUAUUGGCAUUAGACAUAACUGGGACACGUUUUACAAAGUGCUGAGAUGGAUUUAUAUCAUUCUCAAACUGAGAUCGAUCUCAAAUUGUGUAGUUAAGUAAUAUAAGAUUAGAUCUCAAUCUGUGUUUGAUUUGAAUCAAUCGCAACUCUUUGUAAGACAGUGCUCAUUUCAUCUUUAUGUGUGCAGGAUAACAACUCAUCACCAUGGCAAUGCCAUAUAAAAUAACCAAACAUUUUAUUAUAAAGUCUAUCUCUCUACUAAAAAGAAUAUACGAUAUAUACGUGUAAUGAUACAAUCACAUGUAUAAAGAAAAUAAUCUACAUGAAUCUAAGAGACUCAUGCAAAAAUACCAAGAAUAAUUGUUGUAAAUCCAUUAAAUGUUUAUGAUUUGAAGAAGAAAUCUUGAAGGAUUUUGGUACAGGAAAAUUGUUUAAUGUUUUAACCAAAAAUAUUAUUUUUCUGGGUUGAGUUUGAGUAGAUGUAUUUGUAUUUUUGAUUAUACAAACAAUGGUGCAUUUUUUUAUAUGUAGUGUAUGUAAUAGUGGGAAUAUCGUGGUGUAGUGGUUCUGACUCUCGCCUUUCAGUCAGUGUCGUGGGUUCAAAUCCCAGCAAGAAAUUUAUCAAUAUUGUGCUGUACAUGUCCAAGGUGCAGUAUACUAGUGUUUGGCAGGAUUAUCAUUUUCUUGAACACUUGUCUGUCGGGAUAGCAGCUGGGAUAUAGCCAGAGUAAUAAUCACAAUUAGCACCUCGAGUACUCUGCAGAGAGGAAGCAAGUGUUUUGCUAUUACUAUUUUUUGUAUUAUUAUUUUUCUUAUUAAUGAUGAAAAUGUGCAAAAUGCACUGAUUACAGCAUACAUAAACAUAAUGAAAAGUUAAGUACUCCGAUAAUCAGCAAAAGCUGAGAGAAUAGAUUUAAAUGAGAGUAGAUUACAAUCAAAAUGUUUUUCACAUCCUGAGCCUUGCAUCAAAUUUAGUCAUUACAUCACAUAAACAGAAUAUAAUGAUUAUUUAUAUGAUCAUCUUGUAGAAUUUUGAUGUGUGGGAGCAUUGGUGUAGUGGUUGCUUUGUAACCAGAGGGUUGUCUAUUUGAUUCCCACUGCGAUAUCACAUACCUUUGCAAGGCAUCAAUCCAUACCUUGCCACUCUCCACCCAGGUGUUAAAAUGGCCACCUGAUAUUAUGCGAAGGCCUACUUAGUAUACUUAUAAUAAUUGGAGGUUUUACACUCUUGCUAUUUUUUGUACACCCCAGGGAGUGGAGAAAGUGCAUACAUUGUGUGUGUGCAACCCAGAAUAAGAUAACCUGGGUCAUAUAUCUUUAAAGUGCAUUAGUGUUCCAAUGUUUCAAGUGAAAUAUUAUUAUAAUAGAUUUCAUCAAACAAGGAUGGAGCAUUUAAGCUUUGAUCAGACGUAGUGAAGAGGUGCAAUUAUCGGCCGAUUUUGUUUCGAAUUGACCUCGAAAACGCUCGAAGUCAUGAGAGGGUUUCCUGAAAUCGCUAAGAAAGUGUUGCAGUAAAACGGCCAUAACUUUUGUCAAUGACCUAUUAUGGAAAGAAGAAUGAUUACUUUGAUUGUUCAUCUCGUUCGUUUUGCCAUUUGUGGAGUAACAAUAUGAAAAAAAUAUCACAGAACUCUCCUUAAAAAAUUAAAACAAGCAGUUGAAAAAUUCGCGUAAAUUUCAAAUUUUCAGGUCUGUGGCAUGAACGAAACUGAGAUAUGUCAGAAAGUAACUAUUAAGAUAACUUUGUGUGAAAAAUCAGUUCUUGUAAACAUGGGGUACGGAUAUGUCUGGAAAUAAUCCAACUCUUUGCGAUUUUCAACACAAGAAAUUUGUUUUCACGCCAAGUCAACCCAUUGAAAACCAUGAUGUCAUUACCGAACUUCUGUCUCGUAUACUCACUUUUUUGUUUGUUCUAAAGACGGUGAAUCACAGUCAUUGGCAAUGCCAGUACAGCUUGGUAUACCGUACAGUGCAGUGAAGCUGCCAUGCCAGAGCAGAGCGUGCUACAUCCCUAUUCAUGUAUCAGACAAAUUGAUGAGAAAUUGGUUUUGCAGCGCAGGUAUCAGCAAGUUAACCAGUGAAAUGUGACUUUUGUAAGCUUCAUUUCAUCACUGAUCACGGUCAUUGUAUCUCGAUUAAGUAAAAGACAUAAUUGAUAUAGAAAUAGGGAAAUUUCUGUGCUUACCUUGUACUUUCAUUCGAAUGCACGUAAACACUUACCAUAAAGCACGUACCAUAACAAAAAGGCUAGUGAUUGAUUGCAGGGCUGAGUCCAAUAGGUAAUUGCACCGGUUAUUGUGUAUGAUUAGCGAUAACAAUAAAUUCUAACGUAUGUAAGUUGGAUUUGCUGGUAUAAAAAAACUCCUUGUUAUUUUGUGUCAUAACCCCAAUUUCAUACAGUAAUUUCUCACAAAAUAAGUCUUUGGCACAGCAAAAACUUGGCAUGCAAAUCCGUAUAUACCUCGUGAAUAUGCACAGCGAAUCUCAUGAAUAUUCAAUGCAGGGUAUAGAUAUGUCUGGAAAAAGUUUGAGAGUACUUUUGGAAGACAACGAAAAUUAAAGCAAGCGAGAAAUUAAAACUAUUUGAUUGUUUGAUAUCAUUUUUUCAGGAUCGAAUGAUAUCAUUUUCGAUAAGUCCUGAAAAUUUGAGGAAAUUUUGUUAACGUACAGUGAAAAUACAAGCAAGUGAAUUUCUCUUGAAAAAAUGAACUCUGUCCCCACGUGCGUGAAUGACCGUUAGAAAUUCAAAACAAAUCGGGCGUUUAGGCCGAGUUAAUUGCAUCCGUCCGCUGGGCCUGUGAUGAGAUGAUAUCACUAUAAAGCUCUGUAAGGUAUUCAGUAGUACUCAGAUAAAGUCAAUGACAGUAACAUGAAAAAUAAGUUGCAAACAACUUCAUUUCAUCAUAAAUUUCCACUGACUUCUGACAAGGGAACCCAACCUUUUACAACAAACGACAUAUAUGUAUACAUAAGAAAUGAAUUAUGAAACACAUUGUGUAAGUGCGACUCUAAUUCACACUUCUGCUUCUCUGUUUUGGGUUUUUUUUUUUUAAUUCUUUCCAUUCUAUCUUUCCAUUUCUCUUGGGUCAUUUACUUUUAAAUGCAUAUAUACAUCUACUUUAGCCAUGCAGCCAAAAUGUUUCCUCUAGAUUUUCAAUUGUGCUGUCGCCUCAGAUCUGAUUGACUCUGUACACAUAUAACAUUGCUGAGCCUUGUUGCGCCUUAAAAUAUGACACAGUUCAUUUUGCAAAGUAUUGGGUAUUCUAUGAGUUGUGAAGUGUUAAUGAAGCAUCACUGUUAUGCAUAUCGUUUUGCCUUAUGAAAUUACCACUACUAGCACAUUUUUUUCUUUGCUCUCUCUGUCAUUGGUUGGGGAGUUCCAUUAAUACUGGUGAUUGUCAGUUUAAAUGAUUUGUGCCAUUUCAAUAGAGUUCCGCCACCACAUUGUUUUAAAGACCCAUACCAAAAAGUGAAAUUGACCUAUCAUAUAACAAUCGAAAGCUUAUAAAUUACUUAAGAUAGAAAUGUAAGCUUUAUGCAUUUUGACCACUUAACUAGCCGAGUAUUUUGCUUAAGAAUAGCUCCAUUUAUUGGGCUUCGAAAGUAGGCUUACUUGUCCGUGCUUUCACCGGCCUCAAAACCAUUACAUAAUGUUGUGUUAGAAGCAUUGUGAUUUCAUAGGUUUGUACCCAGAAAAACUGGGUGAUUUUUCCACCUUUUAGAUUGCAUAUUUUAUUUUCUUCAAUUCUAUCACCUAGAGAUAUCAUAAAUGCCUUUUCCUGCAAGUUUGAAUUAAUGAAAUUUAUGGCUCUUGGCUACUUUUUACCAUAUUUCAUUUCUCGUUUAUUAGGCGCAGCUUUUCAUUUUUAUCUGCAUUCAGAGUUUGUGUAACAACUUUUCCUGACAUAGCAAUUUAGGCUCUAUAAGAGCCAAACAAAGAAAUCACAAAAAAAUAAAAUCUAGUGAAGAGCUCUAGGUUUCCAUCCAUUUGAGCACUGAAUAAUUGUCAUUGCCAUUUCUUCUGCAAAUUGAAGAAAAGAAAUCAAAUUCAGAAUUUGAAAAGCAGAAAAAUUACCCAUUUUAUCUGUGUGCAAGCCUAUGGAAUCGCAACACAACAUGACAUCACGGUCUUGAGGCAGGUGAAAAGCACUGGAAAGCCUUUUGUCAAAAUUCCCUGCGUAACCCGUUAAUUUGAGUUUUUCUUGAGCAAAAUACCUUACUUUGUUGCACUAUUUGUCAGUUUCACUUUUAACUCCAGUCUGGGUCUUUAACCCAAGGAGGUAAAGUGUCUCCUCAAAGAGAUAAUUUGGCAAUUUACCUUUCUCCUGAAUGAAAAAUAUGAUUACAAAGAGAAAACUGUUCUGCAAAAAAUGAUCCCAUUUCCAAUGAUGCAUGUUGUAUCGUUCAUGAAUAAAUGCUGUUUAAAGUGAGCUAAUCAGUAACACUUUAAACCACUGUUUCAAAGUGCAAAAUUGGCAACUUUUUGAUACAGUUUUGCCAUUAUCAUUUAUUUUAACUAUUAUAUCCAUAUUGGAUUUUUGAAAUGGAUGGAAAUGAAUGGAAAAUUUUUACCAAUCUGCGGAUCAAUACCAGUUUUGAAGUCUAAAAAGUUUAGCUUUUGAAAUUUCAUUUGAAUUUCAUAGGUGAACUCGUCAAACAGUAAUACACAGUAUAGACCCACAAAAAGACAGUAAAACACCAUACAAAUGUGGUAUAAACCCAUUAGCAGGAAUGCCAGUAUCACAGCAUUGUACUUUGUGAGAGCUGGAAACCUAUUUUUAGGGGGAAAAACAGUCAUCUCGCCUUUUCUCUAAUAUUCAUGUGCAGUAUUCUUUUUUUAAUUUUAAUUUUUAGUAGUUAUAACCAACAUCAAAAUGAAGUCAAUUGACACCAGUGCUUAUGAAUAAAUUGUUGUCUAGUAUAAUGUAUACUAUUCUUGUAUGCUAUUCUUCUUCCCAAGCUUUGACCUGUUAACAUUAAGCUUUAAUUGCAAUAUUUUAUAUUGAUUAAGAGCGAUAACCACAAAGAAAUAAUCAUGUCAACACUUAGUAGGCUUUGGAUGUAUGAUAUUCUUAUAUUUUGUUCAAGUGAUGUUAAUUUGAUUUAAAUGUGACCAAAAUAAUCUAACCAAAUAGUACCUACUUAUCAUAUGUAAGCCAUUCAUUUCAAAAUUAUCUUUUGGUAAAUGUGGAAAUUGAGACAUAUAAUAAAUAUAUGCCGCUGGAAAACAA